CUAACGAUGUAAGUUAUCCUCACUUGGGUUUUAAAUUAGGCUUCGCUCUAUAUAAAACCCGGGAUCGCCGAUAAAUCUGGUCUCUCUUUAAAGUUCAUCGGUGCGUGAAAGUGCCUCCCGAUACACUUUUACCAUGGCGGCGGACUUAACGAAAAAGGAGAUGGAGACCCUGGAAUUUGCCAUGGAGGUGUAUGGCGGUAAUGAGAAAAUUAUCGACGGUACAGAUUUGGGGCACAUAUGCCGAGCUAUGGAUUGCAACCCCAGUUUGGAAACUCUGGAAAAACUAGGGGCAUCCAAGAAACCUGGUGAGAAGAAAAUGAAACUCGACGAGGUCAUCCCGGUAAUUAUCGCGGUAAAGAAAGAGAAAAAAGAUCAGGGAUGUUACGAGGACUUCAUUGAGUGUCUCAAGUUGUACGACAAAAACGAGGACGGAAACAUGAUGGCCGCCGAAUUGUCCCAUAUGCUCCUAACUUUGGGCGAGAAACUUACCGAUGAUCAGGUAGACGAGCUUCUGGAAGACUGUCUGGAUGAGGAAGACGAUGAGGGCCAAAUUCAAUAUGACCCCUUCCUACGAAGGAUGUGCGGAUUGGACCCCCCAUUGAAAAGGAAAAAGAAGUAAACCGUAUUCGUGUGUCAUGUCAAUUCUGUAUUAAUUCUAACUUUCUGUAUCCCUUAAUAAUGUUAAUUACCUAAUGUAAUCAAUAUUGUAAAUAAUAAUAAACCUUAACAAUUA